AUGGAGAAGGAGAAAGAUAAUAACGAUAACAUUGGCGAUGAGACUCAUCUGCUAAGGAAUGGAAUUGAUUCAAAUGUGUUUGAUAACAGGGUUAAUUCUGAUGAAUUGGGUCUUGCUGAGAAAUAUAAUGAACAAUACGAUAAUUUAAAGGAGCUUGCUGAUUCCAUUGAUUUAAACCACGGAGAAGUAACUAAUGAGAAUAACGAUGAUGCUGAAAAUAGUGAAGUACAUCCUGUGAGGGGUGAUGAACUUUAUUGGAACUUUCAGCCAACUAUACCUCCAUCAUUCAGAAAGGAUAUUAGGUUUUCGAAUAUUCUUGAUUCUGAAAAUGCCGAGGUAGACAUUAUUGAACAUAUAUUGUACUCUGUAGAUGGGACAAAUUUAUUAGCUAAAGAUGAUACUAUAUAUUGCAUGGCUACAGUCGUAGGGGAACCCUAUUAUAUUGGUCGUCUAGUAGGAUUUGAAAUUUUAGAAGAAUAUAAAAGUGUCAUCCAAAGAUCCUUAAGGAUAACUACUAGAUUUCCAGUAAAAUAUUUUAAAAUGCGUCUGAAUUGGUUCUACAGGACUAGGGAUAUUGUAGGCACUACAGCAGAUUCAGAUCCAAGAUAUUUGUACGCAUCUCAAAUGGAAGAUGUCAUGCCAAUCGAAAGUUAUAGAGGUAAAUGUACUAUCUGCCAUGUAUCUGAAAUUAUUGAAAGAUUACCUAAUGAAUUUGAAGUUUAUCAAAGGUCAAAUAUUUUUUACUUUAGUGAACUUUAUGAUAUCUACAGCGGUAAAUUCUAUAAUGUAUAUCCAACAAAAAGGCUGUUGCAUCUGUUUAGUAGCACAUCAUUCUUUUAUGUUUUAAAUAAAAGAUUUCGUUACUUGUUUACUGAAAAAAAGUAUCCUCUAGAACGUAUCUCAAAUAAAUAUAUUGCUUUGAACCAAAGUCCUUCAUCAACCACAGAUUAUAUAUGGGAUAAAAGUUGCAGGCAGUGUAAAGAAUGGUGUAGUGGUAGCGAAUGCCUACGUUGUGAUGAGUGUAAAGUAUCAAUUCAUAAUAGGUGUCUAAAUCCACCAUUGUCAGAACCUUUGGACUCAGAUGUUGUUUGGUUAUGUGAUAUAUGUGUUCACUUUGAAGAAGAUAAUGAAAAUGUUGAAGAACUCGCUAAAAGCCUAAGAGCAGCUGACGAUUAUAUACGAGACCAAUACAAACUAGAAAUAGAAAAUAUAGCUUUGAAAGCUUUAGAAGCGGGUGUUGACUACAACAAAGAAAAUGUUUCGUUCUUCUACUUGGGUGAGAACUCCAUUAAUAAUUUAGAUGCGCUACUCGACCAAACAUUAUUAUUACCUUAUCCAUUAAACAAUUCAAUUACGAAAGAUAAAUCGAGGAACCCUUGGGUUACCUGGGAUGUCCAUCCAUAUACAAAUGAUAGACUAUCAAUUACUUUAAGAGAAGACUCCAAUGAAAAUAUUUGGGAUUUCAAUAAAUUAAUUGACAUAAGUUCGGAUGAUAUUAGCAAUUUCCUUGUGAAGUGUGAAGAAUUAUAUAAUUCGUCUUCUUUAGAAAGAGAUUUCAUAGAAGUUAAAGACACGCUUCUGAUGAUUUUAUGGGGCUGUAACAAUAACGUGGAUGAUGCAUACUUAAUCUGCAAAGAUUCAAUAGAUAGACAUUUAUUUGAGUCUCAAGUUUUAAAUGAAGCAGAAUUAAAACAAUUCAAAGAAUGUAUUGUAAAAUUUGGUAAUGAACUUCAAUUAAUUCAACAGGUUAUCAAGACACAAAAUAUUGCAACCUUAAAUAGGUAUUUUUGUUUAUGGAAAUCUCUACCAAGGAGUAUAGAAAGUAUGAUAAACUUUGCAACAUUACAUUUCCCAAGGAAGGAAUAUAUAUUGCCUUUUGAAAAAUCUCAACCCAAUGAGAACAUCGAGGAAAUACAGAACCUAUUAAGCUUAUCAGACAUAUUGCCAAUUGUUGGCAAAUUUACUCCUGACUAUGUUGUUAAAUAUGUUGAUGAUUCUUCUCUUGAUAUUAAUUCUAGCAUUAACUCCCAGUUGAGUUAUAAAUGUGAAAUAUGCGAAAUAAAUUAUUCAUACAUGUGGUAUAGGUAUGCUGGUGAUAAUACACAAAUAGAAUUAGAGAGUGGAAUUAAAUCUGGUGAAUUUUUGAAGGAACAUCCAAAUACAAGAUCCAAGAAAGAAUCAAAGAAAAGUACUUCAUUGAUCUGUAUUCGUUGUGCAAGGUUAUGGAGGAGAUAUGCUGUCAAAUGGGAGAAUCCAAUUAGUGUAUUAAAGAAACUAAACGAAAACAGUGGCGUAGAUUUAGAUUUGUUUUUAUUAGAGAUCUUAGAAGAGACUAAUGAUAAUAAAUUCAAAUCAUCCCCAAUAGAGGCCCAUAAAAGACACUUGGAAUAUGAACUAGUACAAGAUGCUGAAAUGAUAUUCAAACAAAGAGAUAGUUUGCUAGCAGAUCCAGACAAAGUUGGGAAGUUGCAUGCUAAAGUUCCUUGGGUCCGUAGAUUGCAUUAUAAAAGUGUACAGAAAACAGUUGAUAAGAACGAGCACUUACCUAUUAGAAUGAAAUAUGAUUUAGCAGAUCAUAUUAAAAGAAACAGCGGUGUUUAA